AUGGAGCCAAGUCGUUGCUCGGUUCUGGUGGUUGAUCGUUCUUGUAUUGAACAAACAUAUCAACCUUCAGAUACAGUUAACUUAUGCUCUACAAAAUCGUUUAUAGCUCCCAGCGGUGACAGGUGCACUUGCGAAGUGAACAAUAAUCAAGAUAUUGAUGCUUUGAUCAAAAUAUUUUUGACAAUUUUUGCCGAAGUCGUCACUGUGCCAUCUGGAACAAAAGCUUUGAGCGCAUUGAGAAAAAGAAAAGUAGGAUGUCCUCCUACUAUUUUGUUGAUAGAUAUUGAUCAUACUGAAAGUAUUAGUCGGGAUACAUUUGCAAGGAGGGAGUCAUUUUUAGCCAUGACGGAUGGCGUUUCUCUUGCUGAGAUACAUACUACAAAAGAUACGUUAUAUGGUUUAGAGUUAUUAAAGUAUAUUACCUUUGAAAUUUCAAGAGGUGCAUUGGAACAAGUCAUUCCAAUCGUUUGUUCUUUUAAUGAAAAUUCGGAAUUCAUGUUGGAUUGUUUAAAGAAAGGAGCCGUAGAUUAUUUAUUAAAGCCAAUCGGACCGGAGACAUCUAACAACAAUAAUAAAAUUAGAUUGAGUUCAGCCGCGGAACUAGAGAGAACUAAUCACCUCAAAAAAAUACUUACAGUGUGGGAAUUUGAUUCACAUAAUUUAUCGGAAGAGGAUUUAUUGAGAUGUGUCGUUAUUAUUUUUGAACACGCCAUGGAACUUGAUGAAAUAAAAGAAUUGAAUGUAUCAACUGCAAUUCGACAAGCAUAUCACGAUAGUAAUCCAUAUCAUAAUUUCACUCAUGCUGUGGAUGUUCUUCAAGCAAUGUUUUACUUUUUAUGUGAAAUGGAUUUAAUACCAAAUUUUUUCUCGGUUGGAUAUAAACGACGGGGUAAUAGUUGUAAUCAGCAGCGUUAUCGCCCUAAUGAUUUGUUGAGAGAUUCUGAUGUGUUUGCAUUGUUGCUGGCUUCUAUCGGUCAUGAUGUUGGUCAUCCAGGCGUUAAUAAUGGUUUCUUGGUGAAUACUCGGACCCCAUUAGCUCAAAUAUAUAAUGAUAAAUCCGUAUUAGAAAAUUUUCAUGCGAUGACUUUGUUUAAUUUAAUGCAAAAAUAUGGAUUUAAAAUUUACGAUAAAUGCUUAAAAUAUUCAGAAUUUCGAAAGGUAGUUGUGAAUGCAAUUCUAGCAACAGACAUGCAAUUACAUAAUAAUUAUGUGAAAGACAUUAAGGGCCAACGAUUAAGAUUUGAAUCACCAAAUUUUGAACUUUCAAAAGUGGAAGAAGAAAAAUCUAUAAUCGUCGGAGCGUUAAUAAAAUGUGCUGAUAUUAGCAAUACAGCGAGACCAUAUCAUAUAGCUGAAUCAUGGUCUAAUGUUCUGUUGCAAGAAUGCUCAUGUCAAGGGGAUUUAGAGAGAAAACUGGGAAUACCUGUGGGCCCAUUAAAUGACAGAAAUACAUCACAACCUGAUUCUCAGAUAGAUUUCAUAAAUGCAUGUGCGAUGCCGCUUUUUAAAAGCAUCAGUGAACUUAUCCCAGAAAUGAAUUUCACCGUUUCUUUUCUUGAAUCAAAUCGAAAAACGUGGAGUGAUAAAAAGAAAAAUUCUGGUACGGAUAAUCGUUCAAGACAUAAUAGCUCCGAUAAUGACUCUGGGGUUAUUGUGAGUUUAGACAGUCGUCAAAAUUCCCCUAUAGUUGCCGUUCCUGCUGCAAGAAUAAUGCAACAUCAAUCAUCUUUAUCAUAUUUGCGACCUAUGCCGAGUUUGUCCGAUGGUCCAGGAUCCGAGGCACAUUCAGAUGUUCUUAGUACAGCCGGGGCUUCCGAUGCACCCAUAAUUCAACAAACUGGGGGGCAUUCAAGGAGAAGAUCUAUUACUGCAACAAUGAAACAAGCGCUAGCAUAUUAUGCUGUAACAUUCAAUAAUCGUUCAUUUGUAAAACGUGUUUUGCUUAAGUUUAGAGAAGAUGAUAAAAUUUCUCAGCCUAAAAAGACCUGUAUUUCUAAACAAUCUUAUGCUAAGAAAAAAGAUGAUGAUGACAGUGAUCAAGAUUCCGAUGAAAAAUCUGAUUAG